AUGGAGCUCAGUUCACUCCCGGUGAUGCUCUUGCUGGUUUCACUGAUACCAGUGGCCCAUGUUCAAGGGAGAGUUAAAGCUGUGGUGUCCAUUCAGCCUGAUGCACAUGUGUUCAUUGGAGAGGAUGUUACUCUCAGAUGUGACACACAGGGAGGAGGAGACACUCAGCGGCCAUACAGCUGGUAUAAGAACAAUAAUAGAUUCUACACAGCUGGAGGAUAUCCAGCCUCAAAGGAGUUAAAUAUCAGGUCUGUUGGUGACUCUGACGGUGGUUCCUACACCUGCAGAGGACGGGAUUCAGAGAUCAGUGAUGCUGUUACACUGACUGUAUCAGAGAGACCACCGCCAGUACUGAGUGCAUCUCCACAGAGCUGGCUGACUGAAGGAGACUCAGUGACUCUAAGCUGUGAGGUUACAGGCUCCUCUACAGACUGGACAUUCAGCUGGUACACAACUGUUCCCUACAGAUCCGGAUUAACUCAAAUAACAAAUAGUUGUGGCUAUAGCAUGUCUGUGGAGCUCCUCUCAGACAGCAGCAGAGGAUCUGGAGGCAAAUACACUCUCAGUCCUUCUGCUCUGAAACACACAGGAGUUUAUAUGUGCAGAGGAGAGAGAGGAGAACCAGCCUUUCACACACAGUACAGCAAUCCACAGCCUCUAUGGAUCACUGGUGAAUCUCCUCCAGUCUCUCUGAUCAUCAAUCCCAACAGAACUCAACACUUUACUUCUGACUGUCUCUCACUGAGCUGUAACUCUACUGACCAGAGUCGUUCUACUGGAUGGACAGUGAGACGAUACACACACAGUGAGGGAGUGUUAGAUUGUUCUCCAUGUAAAAUCAGCUCCCUCUCCACAUCCUACACUGGAGUUUACUGGUGUCACUCUGAAUCUGGAGAAAACAGGAAUCCUGUUAACAUCACAGUGCAGGAUGGUGCUGUGAUCCUGGAGAGUCCUGUCCAUCCUGUGACUGAGGGACAUCCUCUGACUCUACGCUGUUUAUAUCGAAACCCAAAGCCCUCAAACCUCCGAGGUGAUUUCUAUAAAGAUGGAUCAGUCCUCCAGACACAGACUACAGGAGAGAUGAUCAUCCAGAAGGUCUCAAAGUCAGAUGAAGGUUUCUACCACUGUAAACACCCAGAGAGAGGAGAGUCACUGAAAAGCUGGGUCUCAGUCAGAUUGCUGGUCUCACUGAUACCAGUGGCCCAUGUUCAAGAGAGACCUAAAGCUGUGGUGUCCAUAAAGCCUGAUACACAUGUGUUCAUUGGAGAGUGUGUUACUUUCAGAUGUAACACACAGGAAGGAGGAGAUUCUCAGAGGUCAUACAGCUGGUAUAAAAACAAAGAUCCACUCUCCACAGAGGGAGGACAUGUAGUCUACAGAGUCCACACAAACCCGGAGUUGUUUCUCUGGUCUGUUGGUGACUCUGACCGUGGUUCCUACACCUGCAGAGGACAGGAUUCAGAGAUCAGCUCACGCUCAUCACACUUCAGUGAUGCUGUUACACUGGAAGAUGUGGGUGAAUCUCCUCCAGUCUCUCUGAUCAUCAAUCCCAACAGAACUCAACACUUUACUUCUGACUCUCUCUCACUGAGCUGUAACUCUACUGACCAGAGUCGUUCUACUGGAUGGACGGUGAGACGAUACACACACAGUGAGGGAGUGUUAGAUUGUUCUCCAUGUAAAAUCAGCUCCCUCUCCACAUCCUACACUGGAGUUUACUGGUGUCACUCUGAAUCUGGAGAAAACAGGAAUCCUGUUAACAUCACAGUGCAGCAUGGUGCUGUGAUCCUGGAGAGUCCUUUCCAUCCUGUGACUGAGGGACAUCCUCUGACUCUACGCUGUUUAUAUUGGAACCCAAAGCCCUCAAACCUCCGAGCUGAUUUCUAUAAAGAUGGAUCAGUCCUCCAGACACAGACUACAGGAGAGAUGAUCAUCCAGAAGGUCUCAAAGUCAGAUGAAGGUUUCUACCACUGUAAACACCCAGAGAGAGGAGAGUCACUGAAAAGCUGGGUCUCAGUCAGACGUGAGAAACCCUCCUCAGUCCCAGGAUUUAGAUCCAGUGUUGGAACAGCAGGAGUGGCUGUGGGUUUGGGAUUUUUGUUCAUUGCGUUACUGAUCUUAAUGAUCCUGCUGUGGUCCUACAAAAGAAAGAAAGAAAAGCAGCAGAAAACCAAUCAGACAUCAGAUCAGAAUCAGAGGCGGUCAGGAGCUGAAGACUCUCAGGCAGGACACACACCACUUCAGGCUGGAACUGAACACAUUUACGACACUGUGGCUCAGGCAGAUACGAGUGGAACAGGUGAAGCUGCAACUGAGAGCAGCGAAGCCACUUACGCAAAGGUCACGAAGAAAAAGAAGGCAAACAGGAACAAUGGUGCUGAUGCUGAACAAGGUGCAGGUGUUGGUGAUGUGACUUAUGCUGAGAUUGAACUAAAACCACCAAAAAAAUCGAAGAAAGUAAAAGAGAGAGCCAGUCUGGCUGAGGAUACUGUAUACUCAGAGCUUCAGCAGAACAUGAAGUGAGCUGUGAGUCUGUGCACGCUGAUGAAGUGACGGUCAUCAAACAGAUCAGUGGAAAACUGUUAAUUGUGUCUGUCUUCUGUUUCUUCCCAAAAUGCUCAGCUGUUAGCUUUAAACUGCUAUUGUUAUGGUCUAAGCUUGGAUAAUGCCAAACCUGCCAGCAAUUUUGAGAACUUGCUCAUAUCAACCAUGCUCUGAUGAACCUGCAGAAGCCAAAACAUCAGGCUCUUACUGGAGAUGUGUGUAAAUAGCAGAAGUUCAGGCCAUGGAUCAAGUCAGUCUGAAGAGUUUAACAUGCAUGAAAAUCCCUCACCUUUAGGCGAAAUUCGCCGUUUUGAAACCAAAAUGGGUGACCUACGUGAAUCGUGUAGAUCCGAUGAGAAAAAAAAUUGGGGGGGGCGGGGGUUUUGAUAUUGACCCAAAGGGCAAGGAGGUCGCUUCGCACCCUGUAAAAGAUUUAUUCCUUUGUAAGGAUAAAUUGUAAGGAUUUAUUCUUAAUUGUAAAGGAUUUAGUCUGUGAUCCUCUGUUCAGUAUUUUUGUUUAAAAUGACUGAGGCCUUCUGUCUCAGCUAGACACAGUAUCUUUGUUUAAAAAUUCCAUUCUGUCUGCACAUUGCUAUCAUAUAUCAUCAGAACAUUUUGUUUAUUGAUCAGAAAUGUGUCAUGUUUAUGAUUGAUUCAAGAUUUACACACACAGCGCCAAGGUCUUCAGUGAUGUCACACCUUCACUCACACACACACACACACACACACACACACACACACACACACACACACACAUCUGAACAUUCCAUCAGAACACUGAUGUAAUUAAGAUGUGACCUGCUCAGACCAAGGUUUCCCUACAGUCUCUGAAGCAUGCAAUGAUGUCAUACACACACAGAGACAUCAAAAUGAUGUCACUCACUCACACACCCCCAUAUAUACACACACACACACACACACACACACACACACACACACACAUCUGCAGUGAUGUCGCUUCAUCCACACAGGUAACAGACACAUAAAAUCCCCUGUAUUUUCUUGCCUCGUUGGGGACUUGUGAAUAAAGAUUGCGAACUUA